GUUUUCCACCCUACAAUAAGCCUUUAUAUAUAUUACGUUAAACAGUUAACUUCUAAGUGACACGUAGGAUAAUACCUUAAUCAAAGACGGCUUGAGCCGGGUCAAAAAUCAAUUCAAGUUGUUUCUACCGCCGGUAACCUUUUUUUUCACUUUCCUUUCAUCCUCUUCUCCUUUUGCGCUUUUGCAAUCUGAUAGUUGUUUGUUUUUUCCAAAGAUCAUCACCCUUCACUGGUGUAUUUGCCAGAGCACGCAAUGGUUCGCUCCAAAAGCGUCACUUAAGUUUAUAAAGGAAUCCAUUUUUCUCUAGUUCUGCUACUUUUUUUACCUGCCAGAGAUAUUUGCAGAUAAAUCCCAUAACGAAAUUUUCUGUUUUUGGUUGGUUGAAGAAAGAUAACCCUUAUGUUAAAAAGGGAUAUACAAAGGUAGAUGGAACACAUAAUCGAGCAGGUUACAUAUCUUGUUCGUGGAGCUGUCGUUCUAGAUGCAUAUACUGUUGUUCUCACAUGGUUUAAGCUCUUUCACAUGUAUCAUAUAGCCGUUAGGGGUACACAGAACCAUAAGCCUAGAAGACCUGGUGCACGAUAUUGCAAAUCGUCUUUUGUAUGAUUUAGAGAGCUUAUGGAACUUUUUUGGGACCUCUGAACCUCAACAUGUGUUUGUGCUCUACAUCUUUGGUACCUAAUGUCAUUUUCUCAAUCCAAAAAUAAUAGUACUAUAUUCCUCUUUUCGUGUGAUUAUUGUCUUUGUUUAGAUUUCUGUGGUGUAUUUAAUAUUGUCUUCCUCUUUGUUUUGUUGGCGUUUCUUGGUAUUAUUAUGCAGUGACAUCUGAACGAAUAUAAUGGAGGCUGUCACAUCAAAGUAAAACAAAUGAGAGGUGACUUUUUUCUUCUGAUGUCAGGUACACGUCGUUCCCACUUCUAUAUUACAGCACUACCUUAAUAUAAUCAACAGAAUUUUUAAAAAUCUGCGUUCUGGAUUCAACCCACCUGGUCACUGUCUGUAUACAGUUUUAUGUUCUGAAUGCUGCAUUUGACGAUUGUCUGUAUAUUUCAUAGUGUGUCACUGAUGUGGAAUUGAUGUUUUCUGAGUUUGAGUUCUAUAUCAUCGGUUUAGAGUUUCCCGAGUAAUAUUAUGUGGAACUACAGGAGGGAAACUUCAGUAGCAGAAUUUUACAUUGGUGGUAAGAGAAAUGUGCUUCUCAUAUUUCUUGUUUAGUUAAAUAUCACUUUAAUUUGGAUAUGAAACUUCUGACUUUCCUCGAAGCUGCCACGUUGAAUAACACUUAAUCAAAUUAUAUAUUGGUGUCGGAUGCAAUGAUAUUGCAGUUGACUUCCUUUUUUUUUUCCCUAAUCAAGUCAGGAAGGCUUAUGUGUUACACAUUGGUUUAUCUAGAGUUGAUAAAGAAGUGGACUUCAUAUUUGAUGGUCCAUAUUUAAUUAUUGGUGUGGAGUUUCGUUGUUUCCAAUAUAUCCUAUCAAACAUGUUCUGAUCAAGUCAGGAAGGCACAGUUAUUUUCCUCUUUUCUCUCCCAUUCAGCCACUUUUCUUGCGUAUUGCUGAUGCUUUUUAUCUCUGGUACCUGUAGAGAUGGGAAAUUGCCUGUCCUUUCAGAUAUCCUGUGACCAAACGUUAAAUCACGUCUGUGGCUGCUUAUGUGGAGAUGGAAACUACAUCAAGAAGCUCACGCAAAACCUUGACGAACUUGAGGAUGCUCUAGAAGAACUUGUUGCUACGCGAGUAGAUUUGUCAACAUCAGUCAGGAUAGAAGAACGUAACGGCUUGCAACGGCUUGCAAAAGUCCAACUAUGGCUCUCAAAUGCUGAAGCCAUCGAGUAUGAAGCCCGUGGCUUAAUCCCUUCUCGUACCACUGAAACUGAGAGGUUGUGUAUGAAUGGAUAUUGUUCCAAUAAUUUUCUAUCAAGCUGUGUGUAUAUAUGGUGCAAAGGUAUUUAAGAUGUUGAAGGAUAUUAAGGUACUCAUUACUUCCGGAGUUUUUGAUGUGGUGGCUGAAGUAGUUCCUGUGCCGGUAGAUCAAAGACCUAUCAAGCCAACAGUUGGCCUCGAUAGAAUGCUUGAUGAUACCUGGAAUCUCUUCAUGAAAGAAAAUGUAGGAACUCUGGGGAUUUAUGGUAUGGGCGGUGUAGGAAAGACCACUCUCCUUACUCAACUCAACAACAAAUUUGCAAAACAAAAUGAAUGGAUUUGACAUUGUGAUAUGGGUUACAGUGUCUAGAAACGGACGAGUUGCAAAAAUUCAGGAAGAAAUUGGGAAACGUUUAUCCAUACAUAACGAGAGAUGGGUUCAGAGCGAAGAAGAGGAGAAAGCCUCUGACAUACACAAAAUUCUAAAGAAACAGAAAUUUGUGUUGUUACUGGAUGAUAUAUGGAGUGAAGUAGAUCUACAAAAGAUAGGAGUUCCAUAUCCGAACGAAGAAAAUUAUUGCAAGAUAGCAUUCACAGCUCGUUCAGUGGAGGUGAGGGGGUGCAUGAUGAGGGCCAAUGCUGAGAUGCAUGUCCCAUGCUUAGAACCUGAUGAUGCUUGGGAUCUGUUUCAAAAACAAGUUGGGGAUAUCACAUUAAACUUUCAUGAAGAUAUUCCUCAACUCGCUAGAAAGAUGGCUACUAAAUGUCAGGUCUUGCCACUUGCACUAACCGUCAUUGGUGGGGCAAUGUCAUGCAAAAGGACGGUACACGAGUGGCAAAUUGCAAUGAAUUCUUCCUAUAUUAAGAUUUAGCUAUGACGAUUUGGGGGAUGAAACAGUCAAGCUUUGUUUUCAAUAUUGUGCUUUAUUCCCGGAGGACUUUGAGAUAGAAAAAGAAGUUUUAAUUGACUAUUGGAUUGGAGAAGGGCUUAUAAAGGGCAGAAGUAGGGAUUUUGCUGUGAACGAUGGUUAUAUUAUAAUUGGUAAACUUGUCCGCACAUUUUUAUUGAUGAAUGACGAAUCCAAAGGGGGGUAGUCAAAAUGCAUGAUGUGGUCCGUGAAAUGGCCUUGAGGAUAGCAUGUUUGAGUCCAUAUAAUGCAUCUAAUUUCAUUGUGGAGACUGGAACCUCUUUACACGACCUUCCAGAUUACAAUACAAGUCAAGGGAUGGAAGUGGGAAGGAUGUCGCUGAUGGGUAAUCAAAUUCAGAAAGGGUUUUGCAGUUCUAACUGUCCUGAGCUCCUGACACUGUUCCUCCAUAAUAACGACUUGCUGGAUUUGUCUAGUCAAUUCUUUUGGUCUAUGCCAAAGCUCGUGGUGUUGGAUCUUUCCCGGAAGUACAACCUCAGAAAGUUGCCAGAUAUUUCAAAUUUGACCACCUUGCGGUAUCUCGACUUAUCACACACAGAGAUAAAGCUGCUGCCUUCUGGUUUAGAUAAGUUGGAAAGUCUGAUACACCUGAAUUUGGAAUUUACGGUGGACCUCCAAAAUAUUGAUAGGAUAACGAGGUUAAGAAAGCUGCAAGUGUUAAAAUUACUUGGUUCAAGCUCCAAAUAUAGUUCUUUUUUGGGUUUAUGUGCGAUACUAGACUUGAAAACUUUAGAAGUUUUGACCAUAAGUAUAGACGACGACAUUUGUUGGGAAAUACUUCAGUGCAACAGUAGUCUGGCAAGGUGUAUUCAAGUUCUAUCUCUAAGAACAUUCAUAUUGCCAGCAAUCAGAGUACAAGUUGGGCCAGUCUGGUAUAGUCUUCGCAAGCUGGAAAUACAAGGUUGUAAAUUCUCAGAGAUAUAUAUAGAUAUGGGAGGCAAUGAAAAUCAGGGAUCGUUCAAGCAGUGGAUUCUUCCCGAAUUUCUCUGACGUAGAAAUAAUCAACUGUGACAGUUUAAGGCAUUUGACAUGGCUCAUCUUUGCUCGAAAGCAGACCCAUCUACGUGUAGUACGGUCACGGCUGAUAGAAGAAAUAAUAUGCAAAUAGAAGACGUUAGAUGAGCAAAGUGAAGAGGUCCCUUUUCUAAGAUUUCAAUUCCUUCACUUACAAGAUCUUGGUGAACUAAAGGCAGUGCACUGGAGCCCUCUUCAUUUCCCCUGUCUGACCACAGUCGUCAUAUUGGGGUGUCCAAAGCUGAAGAAACUUCCACUACAUUCUGAAAGUGCCAAGGGACAGAACCUUGUUAUAGACGCAGAGAAGGAGUGGAUUGAAGAACUUGAAUGGGAAGAUGAGGCUACUAAGCAACGGUUUUAUCCAAGCUAACUUCAUAAAGUUUUUAACGUUUCUCUGAGGGGAGCAAUGUAUGCCGGAGAAGAAGAUCCCACAUGAUGCAAUUUCUCUUCUUCCUUUGAAUUAGAAAAACCCCUCUUAUUGGUUGGUUUUUGUGUGCCAAUUUGUGGUUUGUGAACGCAUGAUGAGUUUGUCUUAUGCUUACUGGUUUGGUUUUGUUCCCUUUUUGCGCAUGUGUGUGAAUUUGUUGUGGAUGUUGGUUUUUUCCCUAUCCUUGUGUUAAAUUCGUGUUUGUUUUAUUGAGGCUAAGAAACGGUGCGUUUUGCUAAGAAGGGUGAAAAUUUGGGCGAUCAAGAGUUAGGGUUUCGUGUUCAAAAAGAUUGCUUGCCGGUGCCGUCAGGCUGCUCGGAGAAGUGAUGUCGGAGAUACUGGAAGAGUCGCCAAGGGUCUCCAGUCCUAAGACGAAGGGUUCGUGGGUUUCAGUGGUUCAAAAUAAGCAAGUUCUACAAAAAUUCGACAUUAACGUCACAACUUCUGAAGGGAAGAACUCUGUGGAGAUCCCGGAUGAAGUUUUCGAAAACGCUACACCACUAUGGGAGGAUUUCCUGGUCGUUAAUUUCUUGAACACAGCACCUCACGUUGCAAAGGUUCAUGUUAUUCUCAACAAAAUUUGGAAACAGGGAGCAGAUUCACAGAAAAUCGAUGUCUAUGAAGUUAAUUCCACUACACAGAGGUUUCGGGUUUGUGAUCCAUUGGUUCGAGCCCGCAUUCUCAAAAGGGGUAUGUGGAACAUUGCAGAAGUGCCAAUGGUAGUCUCUAAGUGGUCGCCGAUCACUGAAAGGGAUCAACCAGAGGAAAAAUCGAUUCCCUUGUGGGUUUACCUGAAGCAGGUUCCGUUGAACAUGUAUUCAUGGGAAGGGCUGAGUUUCAUCACAAGUGCUGUGGGGAUUCCAGUGCGUUUACAUCCGGAAACAGCAGCUUGUUCAAAUUUUGAUGUUGCAAAGGUAUUUGUUCGGGCGGAUUUGUCAAAAGAAUUGCCUAAAAAGAUAUGUUUCUCUAAGAAUGGGACAGAUUUUUGGGUUGACUUCAGCUAUCCAUGGCUGCCUCCGCGAUGCACCAUAUGUGAUAAAUGGGGUCACCUGGAAACUAGAUGUGUGGCAAAUUUAAAGAAGUCAGAGAUAAGCAGCCAGGAAGUACCUAAAGCCAUAGAAAGCAAGUCCCUUGUGGAGAUAAGCAGUCAGGAGGUUCCUAAUUUAAGCAUAGUAUUGGAAAAGGGUGCAAGUAUAGAAACAGAGCAAGUGGCAGAGAAAGUUACUACAGAAAUGAGUCAAGAAGCUAGUACCAAUAUAGUGGAUGCAAAUGGGGACGACACAGACCAGUGGACCACAGUGUCGCCUUCUAAGGCGAGUCGUAGUCCAAAUAAAGACUUUGUUUUACAACAGAAUACAGCGUUACCAGUUGCUUCAGCAUCGAAGUUCGCAGUUCUUAGUGUGGAUGAGGAGGAAGAAGGAGAAAUUAGAGAAAACGCAGAAGGUAAGGAAGAGGAAAUUAACACUGUGGAGAAAAAUGGGGAAACAGUUCAGAUUCAGGAAGAUGUAGUGAAAGUGGGAGCAGAGGGUGUGGUGAAUCCUCCAGCUACACGGGUCUACAAGAAAAAAAGGGCACUUCGGCGACUUCAACUCAUGUAACUAAGGACUCGAUCCCAGUUACUUCGAGCAAGAGGUCCACCCGAAGAAAUCUAUAAAUGACGUGCUUCUCAUGGAAUGUGCGCGGUUUUAACA